AUGUCGGGCUAUCCGCCAGAGUCUGAGGACGAACCCUAUCUCCUACCGCUUUUGCCGUACCCCGCGACACUUUACACUGAAGAAGAAGCGGAUGCUGAGCCCAGUUCUACCAUGGCCGAGACACAAAUCACCGAAGAAGAAGCGAAUGGAUACUACACCGGGCUUUACAGCCGUCCCAAACUUAUCGCUAGAUCUAACCCAAAUCAGCCUUGGAGUCGUUUCUAUGAUAUGGGCUGGGAGGUGGGCAAGACGCUUGAUCCGAUUGGGGAACACGCAAUUGUUUCUCUAUGGGACCACCCGAGUUGCAAACUGCGAUCGGCUGUCAUAAAUGCACUGAAAGACAUCAACUGGACAGCGAUCGACAUCCUCAGACUCGGAUACUGUCGACGCGCUGGAAGCCUGAGUGAGCCAGGCGAAAUGUUCCCAAAGCUUCUUAUCUCUGUCCAGCCAGGCUCUGGUGAUGAAAAGUUGGGACUGCAGGUUACACUGGACUGCCGAAAGAUUCUUCAGGGUUACGGUAUUCAUGACAUGGAAGUUGAAAUGAUGGAAUCUUAUGUUACCAUGUUUAACCCUCCCAAGUUAACGUCCCAUCCCAUCACAGAUGAGACCCAAAGGGACGCACAGCUUUCCGAGUUUGUUGGAGCUUGCAUUGCGAAUGAGACGACUCCUUAUUACGAAGGCACGAAAGGAUUUUAUAUCCGCAUUAAGGAUACCGACAGACUUCUCUUUGUCACCUGCCGCCAUGUGCUAUUCGAUGAGAGCUUUCCAAAUAUCGAUUACAACCAUAACCCUAAUGCACCAAAUAUGGUCAUACAGCCCGGGCAAGGAACCUACAAAUAUCUCGUUCGUCAAGUCUCAAACUAUAUUACCUUUCUCCAGGACCUUGGAGAUCAAGCUACGCCAGCUCACAGGGAGGAUCUAGAGAACGCCAAAGAAGCAAAAGAAAGAUUUGAAAAGCUUCAGGAAGAGAAAUCGCGCAUCAUUGGACACGUCUUGUACUCUCCCAAGUACAGCCUUGGUACCUCAAUAACAGGCGCCAGUCGUCUAAGGGAUUGGGCCUUGGUUGAACUACACCAAGAUAAGCAUGAGACUGUCUUCAGCGAGAUAAGAAACAUGGUCGUGGCAGGUCCCCGUGCAGGUAUAGAACUGUGGAAAGUCCUCUAUGAAGAGCUUGAUAACGAAGACCAAGAACGCGUUGAGAAACGGCUUCCAUUUCAUCACACAAACACCUACGAUCUCACUAGAACUGUACAUGAGUUUGAGAUGAGAUUGCCGAAUGAAGCUUCCCGAAGUCUGGAGAAUGAGCGCGCUAUGGUUGUGGCAAAGUUUGGUCGAGGUACAGGCCUCACCUUUGGCGUUGCGAACCAGGUCAAGUCAGUAACUCGAAUGCCAAUCCUAGGGCAAGAGUUUAUCUCUGAAGAAUGGUGUAUUCUUGGGCAUAAAAAGAGAGGCCAACGCCGUCAACCUUUCUCUACUGAUGGAGAUUCGGGAUCGUGUAUCCUGGACAUGUACGGUCGAAUUGGUGGAAUGUUGACAAGUGGAAAACCAGCACAGCUAGCAAAAGAGGAAGAUGCGGAUAUUUCCUAUGCUACUCCGAUUGACUGGUUACUGAAGGACAUCAAUGAGAAGUUGACGGAGAAAGGGUUUCAAGUCAAGCUGGCAUAA